AUGCAUUUAAAAGGUGAAGAGUUUCGCUGUGUCUACAAUUUCGUCAUGGAGUGGUAUCUCGAAUGUGUCUCGAAUUGCGAUGAGACUCCAGGGAAGUGCAAGCAGUGUACCCGGCUAGGGCUACAUUGCUCAGGGGCAAUCCAAGGCUCCAUGAUCAUCGAUAUGACCGAAAGAGUAAAGAACAAGAAGCCACGAAAGCGGAAGCAGAGGGUUUUGCAGCCGCCAGUCGAGACGCACCAGACAGAUAUCGGAGCCCAGGUCUCGAUAAAAGCCGAUGAAAUAAGCCGGCGUGAGGCACCCCGUGGCCUGGCUAUCAGACCGAGCCCUAUUGAAGCUAGUCCGGGUGUUAUCAGCCCAACCCCAGAGGCGACAGGUUGCGUGCUUGAUGUAAACCCUACUAUUAUUGGCUGUCGCCAGCAUUUUAGGCUAGCCUUCCCGUAUCAACCCUCUCUAGUCGAAAUAUACGACCAGGCGUUCAUCUACCAAUUUGUGGAGCUCCACAAAGGAUGGAAAGCUCCCAAAAAGUACGACGGAGACAUGCCUUGGGUUACCCGGCUGCCAGAGCUAUCUUCCUCGUCGGCUAAGCCGGUCAUAAAGUACUCAAUCAGAGCAGCGUCUAUGGCCUUCUAUGGCCAGGCUCAUCAAGAUGUGUCCGUUAUGACGGAUUCCUACAGAUGGUAUAGCACGGGAUUAGCUCUCCAACGCGGCUGUAUAUCUGAUCUUGAAGAGAGCCAUAUCCCCGGAAUCGAGGAAGUGAUAGUUCCGAUGGUUAUGUCUUUGUACGAAGUAGUUGCAAGCACUACUCAAACCAGCGUUUUCCACCACCUCGAUGCCGCAUCAAAUGUCCUAAAUAUGAGAGGCCCAACGAACUGCACCACUGGGCUUCCGCACCAGCUCUUAAAAGUCAUGAGAGUCACGAGCGCCAACGUAUCCCUAAUGACCAACAGCCCCUCCCUGUUCUCCAGUCGCCCCUGGCUCACCCUCCCCUUCUCUGCCAACCCCAAACAACCCCUCCAACUCCUCACCGACAUCAUACUCUCCAUCCCCCACUGUCUCUCCCUCUCCGGUCGUCGAUGUUCCCUCGUCCAGUUCUUCGACGCACCCCCCUCAAACCAAACCAUCCGCGCCUCCAUCUUCUCCCGCGCCACGGACCUCCAAACGGCCCUCCUCGCCUGGCACCAAACCCACUCCGAGCCCACCUUCCGCGACACGCUCACUGCCCUCACAGCCUGCACCUAUCACGCUGCCAGCCUCGUCGUGCAGCUCAUUCUUUCCGCAACCUCCCCUUUUCCCUCUGCCUCCCCCUCCUCUUCCCUCACAGCCUCACACUCUCAUUCUCGCUCUGUAGCCUCGCACGCAACGUCAAUCCUCCAAAUCUCGCGAUUUCUGGAGUACCUUCGGCCUGUCGGCUUUGAUCUCAUGCGGAGCAUUUUUGCGCUUGCAGUGGUGGCGCUCCUAAGCCCUAGCGAGGGGCAGAAGGGGGAGGCGACGAAGAUGUUGGAGCGGUGGGGACAGGAUAGGGGGUUGAGUGGGAUUUGUAGUGCGUGGAAAAUUGUAUGA